GACUUCUUUAUUUCCUAUUGAAGAAAUCUUGGCCAUCUCGAGGCUCAAGAGAUGGGCGGCGGACGGCGGAGGCCCAACAAAAACGGCGGCAGAGGCCGGGCACAAGCUGCCGGUGCAAAUACUUUCUCUUACGGCCAUGCAAUACUUGGGGGAAGACCCGGAGGUGGCUCUGCCGCUGGUCCGGCGAGGAUCGAUGGAGACCGACGGAUGCGUGGGCGGGCGAACGCCUUCCGGUACACCUACGCCCACGCGGAGUCCUCCGGCGGAGGCGACGACCUGAGACGCCCGAUCCUUCUCUCUUGCUCCCGGGAUCCCCCGCGUACUGAGGCCUUCGUGGAUCCUAACCCAUGCGUGCAUCUCGAAGCUGAGAUCCCUUCCUACGAGUACCAUCCUUCGGUAGUCGGCGGUCUGGGGUUAGGAUAUCACGGGGAGGAGGUGGAUGCGGAGCAGGAGGAUGGUGCAGACACGUUGGGCUUGGAUUUGGAGAUGAUGGGAGGUGUUGGUUUAGGUUUCCGCCAUGCUGAAGAAGGGGAGGAAGAGGAGGUGGAAGACAUAUUGGGGCUUGGAUCUUUCUCAACUCCAGAAACCACAAAGAAUGUGAGAAAUGAAGGCUACUUGUUGAUUGGAGGUGUUAGGAUCUACACCGAGGACGCUUCAUCACCGGAAGAUGAGAUUGACAUGUCUAACGAUGAUGACAGUGAUGACGAGGAUGCAGAUCAGGUUGAGGACGGAAUGCUUGAUAUUGUGGAGUCUUCUGAUAACGAGAAUGAUAUGGAGGAGCCUUCGCAAGGAGAUAGUGAAGAAGAUGAGGAGGAGGAUUCUUCGUCCGACGGAGUUAGUUUGCCAUCAGAUAGUGAUUCUGAUAUUGAUGACGAUGUUGCACAAGAUUAUUUGGAAGGAAUUGGAGAAGAUGUGAAAUUAUUGAAUAUUGACUCUCUGGAAUCUGCAAAUUUUGAUUCAUCUGAUGAAGAUGGUUUGCCAAAAUCUGGGAAAAAUCUUAGUAAGCAUAGAACCAAGUUAACAACGAUUGGUUUGAUGAAUUUAUCUUCAGAAUACGGCAUGAAGAAGCCCAAAGCAAAGAAACCAAAGGGGCACAUGCGAUAUAGCACGGGUUGGCCUGCAGCUGAUGUUGGAGUAUCGGCAGUUGAGGAUUUCAUACUUUUAAAAGACUCCAGGAAAGCAUGCAAAAAAAAGAAGUCAUCUUCUGAUCUUUCACAAUCAUGGCCACGUGAAUCUGUUACUAGAAGGAGAAGCAAUGUUCCAGGGGAAAAAAAGAAGCAUCGCAAAGAACUGGUUGCUGUGAAGCGCCGGCAACGUAUGAUCAAUCGAGGUGUUGAUCUUGAUCAAAUAAAUUAUAAACUUAGACAGUUGGUAGUUAAUGAGGUUGAUAUGUACUCGUUCCAACCGAUGCAUGCACGUGAUUGUUCUCAGGUCCAGAGACUUGCAUCCGUAUAUCACCUGAAGAGUGGCUGUCAAGGCUCAGGCAAGAAAAGAUUUGUGACAGUGAGCCGGACCCAGAAAACAUGUCUUCCUUCCAUAAGGGACAAAAUUCGGCUGGAUAAGUUGCUGGGCCCCAGUGUGGAUGAAGUUGAUGACUUUGUUGUUGGUCCACGAGCCAAGACUGAGCGUUGGAGAAGAACCAAAGCAAAGGGUUCUAUAACCCGUGAACACCAGUCUGAUCCAGCAAAGCUAGCAAAGAAGCACGAAGCAAAUGGAAGUGGGAGACGGUUUCAGAAGCAGCAGUAUUCCAAACAGCCUGUGUCAUUUGUUUCCUCUGGAGUCAUGCAAGAUGGUACAGAGAAAGAGACCCCUGCUAUGGAUCCAGAUACUACUACCACCACCCCACAUGCAAUGGUUACAAACACUGGCUCAAGCAUUGGUGCUUUCGAGGUGCAUACAAAAGGCUUUGGUUCAAGAAUGAUGGCCAAGAUGGGAUUUGUGGAAGGCUCUGGUUUGGGCAAGGAAGGACAAGGCAUUGUUCAACCAAUUGAAGUAGUGCAGCGUCCCAAAUCGCUUGGACUCGGCAUUCAAUUUGAGGCCGAGACAAGCAUCACAAAGAACAACGGACAAGGAAAAACAGAGACUGACAGAAUUGGUGCCUUUGAGAAUCACACAAAAGGGUUUGGGUCGAGGAUGAUGGCGAAGAUGGGCUUUGUUCCUGGCACAGGCUUGGGGAGAGAUGGCCAGGGGAUCACCACCCCCUUAACCGCAGUCAGGCGGCCGAAGUCACGAGGAUUGGGUGCCAAAACAUCUUAACUGUUGCUGAACUACCGGUGUUUAAUUUCCAUUCUAAAAUUUAGGUUUCAAUCAUAUGACUGCUUGCACAUGCCUUGUCAGAUAACAGUACUGAUUUAUGUUAUCAAGUAGAAUACUUGUUCGUUUUAUAAUAGUUUGUAGAAAUUAUAUUAUCCAUCUGUGAACAUGUUCUACUUGUUGUGGUCUAGUAUAUCUAUGAAACAAUUUGCUGUUUCGAUCAA